CCUCCUCCUCCAUCCCCCAGUCGUCAGCGGACUCACACCAGUCUGUGGCCGCCGGACGAGCCUCCUGAGCCGGCUGAGACGGGCUGGGUGUCCCCGCUGGUUCUAAACCCUGAGAGCGGAUCACCGUCCAGCUCGCGGACCUGCCGCUGCACUCCACACUUGGGCACGCGAACAGGUGGAGGUUUCUGUGGUAGGGGGAGGACUGGAGGGGACAGUACACCUGUACCACGUGGACUGACGGGGCUCCACAGACCCCACAGCAUGGAGACCUCCGGGAGAGCCCCGGUAACCAGUCCGGCUGACCCCCCACUUUGUUGGUCAGGUAUGAGGUCCGGUACCUGUUGGGGUCCAGGUGUCCGUCACACAGACCGAGCAGGGGGACCUCCUGAGCGCGUGAAGCCUCCUGAGCGCGUGACGCCAUCUCUCACAUGUUUGAAACACCGACCGGAAGAAAACAUUGAGACCGUGGUGCAUCACAAAAACAGUUCCGCCGACUGAGGGGAAACAAAUAAUAUCGAACUGGAUAUAAAGUGAAGAAUAUGAAAGUUAAUAACUAAACCAGUCAAAGUGAAAUUUAAAUUUACAUAAACAAUUAAAAUUGAAAACCUAUGAGAACCUGAGUGUACCUGCGAUGAGUUUUAGAGUCUGUUUAAGAAAAGUUCCUACCAGAACCUUUAUUUGUCAUAAGAAACAUCCGCAGAAAGGAUGGGCGGGUUACGUAUUUGUAUUUAUAUUUCUUUGAUUUCUUUGUUUUUUAAUAUCCUGCUUGAAUGGACAGCACUUUGUACAACAUUAUAUGUAUAAAGAGUGCUUUAAAAAUAAAGUUUGAUUGAUCGAAACCAUAGAGGAUUUCUCCGUGUGCUCCCUCUGCUGUCCUCUGGGUGUCGCUGAACUCCUUGAAUUUCGAAACCAAACGUCAAUUUAUCAAGCGAAGAAGAGGAACGUAAACAGAGCAAAGCUAUGACUUCUCCUUCAAAACGACACUUUUAAGUCUUAUCAGUUUAUUAAAAUUUUAUCUAAUAACACGUGGUUUAAAGAUAAAUGAGUAAAAUUGAUAUCUGAUCAGCUCGUAUUUACUUUGACCCUAAUGAGCCACUGUAGAUCGACUCUAUGCUAACAGCCGAGCUAACGUUAGCUCUGAAUGUUGACAUAAAAACUCUAAAAAAAGAGGAUAAAUGAUCAAAAUUAUCUCUUUGUGUUUAUAUAAUAAACAGGAGUAACAUCUGAAGAUGACAGGAACCACAGUAAACAGAACCGUUGGUGUUUUUUGACCCUUUAAACCAGCAUGCCUUUCGUCGUUCUGGACCGGUUCCCCUGGCCCAGUUUGCGGGCCUACACGGCCCUCAGUACCGCUCUGCUGGUCGGAACCGUCCUCACCGUCUGCUCCUCCGACUCGCGCCCGCAGUCCAGCCCGGAGGAGACCCUCGGGGACCCGGUCCACAGCCCCAGGAUCAGCCGGAUCAUCAGGGAUGGAGGUCGGCUGGUGGGUUCGGGGCUCGGGGACGAGGCGGUGGACCUGGUGCUGUUCCUGCUGAGUGACAGUGUGUUUGUGUGGGUGAGUGAAAAACAUAAAUACAGGUUAGAAUAAAAGAGAUAAAAACACGAAGGAAACAGGUCCAAAGUUCUGAUAGAGAGGAACCAAACAGGUCCAAAUAAUAUCAGUGCAUCAGAACAUUAUAGCUCUUUAUCAGAGACCCUCAAAGCGCUUUACAUUGGAUCCAUCAUUCAUUCAGUCACACCUUGGUAGUAGGUCCGGGCGACAUGUGAAAAAGUUUAUUACGAUAUAUUUCCUCCAUAUCAGUCGAUAUCGAUCAUUAUCAGGAUAUAAAAUUGAGGGAAAUUAAUUUUUAAUAUAUAUCGUUAUCGUUUUAUCACCCAGACCUACUUGGUGGUGGUAAACUACCGUAGUUGUCACAGCUGUCUUGGGGCAGACUGACAAAAACAUGGCUGCCAAUGCUCUACCUCCUGAGCUACCGCCGCCCCAAAAGUUCUCGUAGAGGAACAACCAAACAGGUAGAAAGUUGUAAUGAAAAAACAUCUGGAGGAACGUCUCCAAAUGAGGUGAAUUUCCAUCAGGUCAGUCACAUGACAGGGUAUAAAAAGACAUUCAGAGAGGCGGAGGGAAAGAGGAAAACUCCUGUGGUCUUAUGAAAUGAAGUCUUAACCUUGGAAAUCCUGGACUCUCUAAAGAGGUCCACCUGGCUUUUACAGGGAAGACCUUCAUAUGAUCCCAAACAGCAUGGCUCUUUAGGAGAAGAGUCCUGGACUGAUGCGGUCCUUACUUUUAAUAAUAAUAAUAAUAAUAAUUUUAUUUAUAUAGCACCUUUAAAAACAGAAGUUUACAAAGUGCUUUGACAACAGUUGUAAGCACAGAGCAUCAGCACAUUGAAAACAAAAACACAUAAAAACAAAAGCUCAGUUAAAAACAGGCCUUUGAAUUGUAGGCCUGUUUCACUUUUCGUAAGAAACCCAGGCAAUACAAGAACCCUACAAAAUAAAUGGGACCAUGAGGACCAAAAUAAAAGCAAAAAAAGAAAUAGAAAAGGAGGGAAGAAAACAGGCUAGUAAGUAUAAAAGAGGAUAUUAAUAAUAAUAAUAAAAUCAUAAUAAAAUAAAAUGAUGGUAAUAUAAAUGAUAAAGUGGAAUUAAAUAUAUAUAUAUAAAAUAAAGGAAAAUGAAAACAUUAAAAUCAAUAAAAAGAUUAUAAGUAAAACAAAGGCUAAAAAGGCGCAUUGAAAACAUUUGGAGCAUCAUGACCCCAAAAACAGGACCAAGGAGACCCUGAACUGCUGAGCAGCUGCAGAUCCUGGUCUCCUGGUUUCACGGACAUUUACAGCGUGUUGGGAAAAUAAGAGCUGAUUCCUUUAAAAACCCUCUACUAACCCUUUAAUUCAGUCUCGUUCUGAACUCUGUUUUUCUUCUUCCACCUGAUUUUUAUUUGUUUUAUUCUCCAUCAUGUCCAGCUCACUCUGAACUCCUCUGUCUCUCCGUUUGAAGGUGAUGGUGAACACGGCCUGCUGCGUCUUGCUGCUGGUCGCCAAACUCAUCCAGUGUGUCGUUUUCGGGCCGCUCCGUGUCAGCGAGAAACAGGUCAGUGUUUGUUUUCAUGUGGUCUUAUCCACUGAAGUUUAAAAAAAGCCCCUAAAAUGAUCUUUAGACUAAAAAAGGAGAAAAACAAAGUAAAUCCUCGAUCUUUAGACGUUUCUGUUAAACUGACAAACAUCUUCAAAAGAGUCUGUAGAUUGAAAACUUCUCCUCUGCAGCAUCUAAAGGACAAGUUCUGGAACUUCAUCUUCUACAAGUUCAUCUUCGUGUUCGGCGUCCUGAACGUCCAGACCGUGGACGAGGUGGUGAUGUGGUGGCUCUGGUUUGCGGUCCUGGUCUUCCUCCACCUCCUGGUUCAGCUCUGCAAGGACCGCUUUGAAUAUGUAACGUUGAUUCAGUCAAACACAAGAACUACGAAACCACAGGGUGGAGGUCUGAAGUUCUUCCUCUUGUGCUCCUACAGCUCUCCUUCUCUCCGACCACGCCCAUGUCCAGCCACGUCCGGGUGCUGCUCCUGUUGGUGGCGCUGCUGUUGUGCUGCGGGGGUUUGGCGACCAUCUGCAGCCGUCUGGCUCGGAGUCAAGGUCGACACACCGCCGCCUUCAUGGCAGCUGAGGUGAGAAACCAAGAAACCUCUCACUCCUCCCAGAUGGUUCCUACUUUACAAAACCCGUUUGGACUUCUCUGAUCUUCUGUGUCUGUGUUUCAGUGCAUGCUGGUGACCGUCAGGACCACACACGUCAUCUCUCGGUGGGUUCUCGGACAGAUUUCCUGUUUUGAGCUCUUCAGAGGCUUUUAUUGUGACAGUCUCUGAUGGUGUUUCCUGUUUCCUGCAGGUACUCCAUCCACCUGUGGGACAUGAGCGAGGAGAGCAGCUGGGACAACAAAUCCUCCUACGUCUACUACACAGACCUGCUGAUGGAGCUGCUGUUACUGGGCCUGGACCUGCUGCAUCACAUCCACAUGUUGGUCAGUAAACGAGACGUCGAGUCCAAUCUGACGAUUUUCUAGAGUUUAAAAAAAAAAAGUUUAUCUGAAGUUUUAAUUUUGGAGUCAAAGAUCUUCUCUGUUCCUCCGCAGCUCUUCAGCAACAUCUGGCUCUCCAUGGCCAGUCUGGUGAUCUUCAUGCAGCUUCGUUUCCUCGUCCAGGAGGUCCAGAAGAGAGUCCGCCGACACCAGAACUACCUGCGAGUCCUGCACAACAUGGAGACCAGGUCAGUGUUACCCACAAUUUUCACCGCAUCCAGACUGGCGGCGAUUUUCGUGAAUUUCGACCUUUUAGGAGACGAUCAGGUUGAAGGUGGAGAUCGGGGGUUAGAGAGAGAGGAAAUCUCUGAUGUCACUAAAAACUGAUUUUGUUUCGAUGAGACCAAAACCUCUCACGAUGUUCAGAGAGUCUUUGGUAAAUUGACGGAUGUUUCCACCCCGUGGAGUCGCCCCCUGCUGGCCUCCUGGUGGAGCACACAGAUCUCAGAGAACAGGAUGAAUGUGUGUCGUGUUCUUCCCGCUGUUUCCAGGUUCUCGGUGGCGUCUGCGGACGAACUGGCCGCCAACAACGACGACUGUGCGAUCUGCUGGGACGUGAUGAGUUCGGCCAGGAAGCUGCCGUGCGGUCACCUCUUCCACAGGUCAGAGCAAACGAUCCAUGAAUUAUGGAUCAGUCCAGUUUGGGGACCGCGCCCUGGUGGUUCUGGGUGGUUCUGUUAGAGUUCUGAAGGGUUAGAUGGGGUCACGGUCCGAGUCACAGUCCCAUGUUUUGGUCCUCAGCUCGUGUCUGCGCUCCUGGCUGGAACAGGACACUUCCUGUCCAACAUGUCGGAUGUCCCUGAACAUCGGCGAAGGAGGCGAAGGAGGACGAGGAGAGAGGGAGAACAGGGAGGCUGCUGCUGCUGCUGACAACAUGGCCGCCGGCCCCGGGGUCGACGCCCGGCAGCACCUCAACCAGCUCAACCACUUCUUCCACUUUGACGGUGAGACGGUAAACCAGUUUUGGGGUCUACAGGGUCCCUGAAGUCCUGCGGUCCGGUCUGCAGUCUAAAGUGUCUUUGAACCUCUGACCCGUGUCCCCGCCCUCUUCCAGGUUCUCGUAUUGCCAGCUGGUUACCCAGUUUCUCAGUGGAGGUCAUGGCCACCACCAACUUUUUGGGCGUGGCUCCUCCAAACCCGUCCCAGAUCAACCCCAUGGUGAGUCCAGGACCAGGUCUUCCACCUGAACCCGGUUUCAUGUUGUAACUCCUGUUUGUGUUCCAGGCUCAGCAGAUCCACGAGAUGUUCCCUCAGGUUCCCCUUCAGCUGAUCCUGGAAGACCUGGAGAUGACCCGCUCCAUGGAGGUCACCACGGACAACAUCCUGGAGGGACGGAUCCAGACCGCCGGCCCCCCAACGGUCAGUCCUCAGAAUCCUGUUUCUCCUCUUCAGGAUCUGGAUUCAGGACUCGAACCUUCAGUUUUCUGUCCUGUGAGGGUCUGAAGCUGCUUCCUCUCUCACCAGGUGUUCGAUCACCCGCUCAUCCAGGUAACCCCUCCUCCCGGGGAAGAGGGCGGAGCCAGCAGUGAGUCAGAGCAGGAAGAGGAUGACGAGUCGGAGGAAGAGGAGGAGGAGGAAGAGGAAGAAGAGGAGGAGGAGAAGGACAAGGAGGCAGAGGAGGGAGGAGAAGAGGAGGAGGAGACGGAGGAGACGGAGGUUCAGUUCUGUCCGACGGCGGAGCAACGACAGAAGCUGCUGCUGCAGAGGAAGGAGGAGCUUCUGCAGCGAGCGCGAAGGUGACUCAGCAUGAACGUUUGUGUCUCCGGGUCUGAUGGUUUAGAAUUCUUACAGUUCUACAGAACCUUCUCUGGACUCUUCAGGUCCAUUCAGCUCAAAUUAAGGAAACGAGGCAAAAAAAAUUCUAUUUAUCGGACAAAGAUUCAUGUUUUUACAGCGUCUUUGUUUUUAAUCGAAAAGAAUAAAAUAGUUAAAGAUCGAGUAAAAUCACGAUCUCUGUUUCUGUCAUUAAAGGUGGAGUCGGAGCAGGAACCUGUUAAAGAAGCUUCUUUUUUUCUGUAUUUACAAAAAUCUUCUAAUAUCAGUCAAUAGUUAUUAGUUAUUGAUUAUUUGGUAAUAUAUCGAUAUCUCUGUGUUCUCUUCUGUCUGUGUCGUCAACAUUUGAACAUUUUUGAGCGGUCCGCUCUUUCUGACUGUAAACAAAGCCGUUCUCCACCUCCUCUAACCUGAUUGGUUGUGAGGCAGACGCUGCUCCCCCGUGUCGUUCAGGAGCCCAAACAAAGUUAGCGUGCUACAAUAUCGGACAGUAGAAACCAACCAGAAAGUUCGGAAAAUUGUCUGAAUCCUCCUUUGGCCACGACUGCCGACACAAGCAAGAAAACACUCAAACAUAAACAGUCAGCAAGAAAACAGUCAAAACCAAAACAGUCAACAAGAAAACACUCAACACCAAACCGGUCAACAGGAAAACGGUCAACAAAAAAACAGUCAACAAAAAAACAGUCAGCAAGAAAACAGUCAGCAAGAAAACAGUCAACACCAAAACAGUCAACAAAAAACAGUCAACAAGAAAACAGUCAACAAGAAAACAGUCAGCAAGAAAACGUCAACUAUAAUCAGUCAACAAGAAAACAGUCAACACCAAAACAGUCAACAAGAAAACAGUCAGCAAAAAAACAGUCAACACCAAAACAGUCAACAAAAAACAGUCAACAAGAAAACAGUCAGCAAGAAAACAGUCAGCAAGAAAACGUCAACUAUAACCAGUCAACAAGAAAACAGUCAACACCAAAACAGUCAACAAGAAAACAGUCAGCAAGAAAACGUCAACUAUAAUCAGUCAACAAGAAAACAGUCAACAAGAAAACAGUCGGCAAGAAAACAGUCAACACCAAACCGGUCAACAGGAAAACGGUCAACACCAAAACAGUCAACAAAAAACAGUCAACCAUAAUCAGUCAACAAGAAAACAGUCAACAAAAAACAGUCAACAAGAAAACAGUCAGCAAAAAACAGUCAACCAUAAACAGUCAACACCCAAACAGUCAACAAAAAAACAGUCAACACCAAAACAGUCAACAAAAAACAGUCAACAAGAAAACAGUCAGCAAGAAAACGUCAACUAUAACCAGUCAACAAGAAAACAGUCAACACCAAAACAGUCAACAAGAAAACAGUCAGCAAGAAAACGUCAACUAUAAUCAGUCAACAAGAAAACAGUCAACAAGAAAACAGUCGGCAAGAAAACAGUCAACACCAAACCGGUCAACAGGAAAACGGUCAACACCAAAACAGUCAACAAAAAACAGUCAACCAUAAUCAGUCAACAAGAAAACAGUCAACAAAAAACAGUCAACAAGAAAACAGUCAGCAAAAAACAGUCAACCAUAAACAGUCAACACCCAAACAGUCAACAAAAAACAGUCAACAAAAAACAGUCAACAAGAAAACAGUCAGCAAGAAAACGUCAACUAUAAUCAGUCAACAAGAAAACAGUCAACCAUAAACAGUCAACACCAAAACAGUCAACAAGAAAACAGUCAACAAGAAAACAGUCAGCAAGAAAAUGCUGCUCCCCCGUGUCAUUCAGGAGCCCAAACAAAGUUAGCGUGCUACAAUAUCGGACAGUAGAAACCAACCAGAAAGUUCGGAAAAUUGUCUGAAUCCUCCUUUGGCCACGACUGCCGACACAAUUUACAUUCAAGAUUUCUCCUAAAUACUGGACCUUCCUCAGAUCCUGUCUACACCACCUUUAAGAGUAACGAGGCCUUUUUUUCUAAACUCUUCCUGUUUAAAGUCGACAAAGUGAUGACUGCAGCGCUUUUUUCCGAACUCUGAAAAUGAACUUCAGCCUGAUGGUUUUGGUUCCUGAGGAGCUGCUCUGUGAUGUUUCUGUCUGAACAAACUCAGAGGUGAUUCUUCGUCUGCAGGACCGUCUCCGUUAAAAGGACCCUCACAUCCGUCUGACGUCUCUCUCCCUCCCUCUCUCUCUCUCUCUCUCUCUGUCUCUCUCUCCCUCCCUCUCUCUCCUCUCUCUCUCUGUCUCUCUCUCUCGCUCUCUCUCUCUCUCUCUCUCUGUGUCUCUCCCUCUCUCUCCUCUCUCUCUCUCCCUCUCUCCCUCUCUCUCUCUCUCUCUCUCUCUCUCUCUCUUUAAAACUCGUUCCUGCAGUUCGCGGCUCGUUGUGAGUGUUUCUGUGCUGCUGAGUUCACAGCUGCAGACGCUCAUUAUCUCCGACACUGAUGAUCCUCCGAGCGCGGGCGCCAUCAGUGAAACCACAGCGGCGUUUUUAAGAGACACACCAGAGAGCUUUUCGCCCGUUUCUCAUCAAAUCACCUGCACUCUGCAUCACGGCGUCUUCAGAGCGCCGUUCAAUCAUGGCGGCAGUUUGUGGGUUUCACAGCUCCUCCUGGUUCUGCUGUUAGAAUCUGGGCGGAGCUUCAGAAAGAGCGAAGAUGACGUCCUUGUGUUUUAUAAUUCGUGUUCUUCGUUUAAUCGCCGUUUUCUUCUUCUCUUCUUGUAAUUUCUGCAGGGACUUUCUGACCAGGAGCUCAGGGUUCAACGCAGGAAACCCGGACAACUCCAACAGCAGCGCCUUGACCUUUGACCCUGUUACACAACGACGAGAGACGCUCGCAGCUGCGGCAGAGCGGCGUCUACAGAGGCAGCCUGACUCCGCCCACUGAGCCCAGACGGCGAGCUGAAUGAGUGUUUUAACCCGCUGAUUUCCUGUGUGAGAAACAGCUGAUCACUGAAAAGCAGCAGCUGUCCAUCGCCGGUCCUGACCGUGUCGGCGCCAACAGAACCAAACGUGUGUGUGUGUGGAGUCGUCCUGCUGCAGAUCUGGACCGCCGUUCACACACGCGUCCUGAAAUUUUUUGUCCUUUACCGCCAAAACGCCAUCGAUUUUUGUUACAGCUUUACUUUCGCACACUGAGGGAAACGACCACGGCGGGGGCGUGAACAAGGCGACCCCGAACAGCACGGCUGACACUAUUUACCCAUAAUUCUGGUUCGUUUCAGGAUGGUCAGGACUCGACUCGGUGGAGACACGCCCCCUUUUUCAGCAUGUUUCUGCCGAGUCGUCUCCUUGUCGACGUGUUUACGUACAAACGCCACUUUUACAGCUUCUGACCUUUGACCGCCUGGUUUUGUUUACUACUCGGUUACCUAGCAACCAAUCGAUCUAACCGUGUGUCGGUUAAUGAAGUGACACGUUUCUCUGCGCUAGGGUGGAUUUUUUUGGGCCGAUGGCGAUUAUUAGGGGGGAAAAAAUCAGAUUACCGAUUUUUAAAAAUUUUAUGAAGUUAUAAAAAAUAUAAAUAAACUUUAGAUCUACUGUAGGUCACUGCUCUUCACGCCGACAGGAAGACCGACUGAUCAAACUCAGACCAGAAAAGCGUUUUCAGUGGAUGAAGAUGGUCAUGAGGUCGCUGCGCCAUCUACAGGAUAAGUCGGGGAACUUUUCAAAUGGAGGAACAUUUUCAAAGUGAAACUGAAUCUUAUUUCUGAAAAUAUCGGCGAGUUUUGGCCGAUUACCGAUUAGUCUCAAACGGGCUAAAAUUGGCCGAUUUAAUCGACUCGCCGAUAAAUCGGUCGGGUCCUUCUCUGCACUGAAGUUUUUACCACAGUAACGCCGUUUUAUCAGAUUUGAUGGUCGUGAAAAUCGUGAGCUGAGACUCUGACGUCGUCCCGCCCUGGUUCAGAUGUUUGCGUUCUCACCUGGUCAGGAUGAUGUCAGAGUUUCAGGCGUGUGUUGGAGGCGCUCCUGUCUCCUGUCGUAGCUUCAUGUAGCGCCCGUUUCUGUGGGUCUGGACUCCAGAGGUUCAGACUUUGGACCCUGGAGGAGUUUUUCAGGAUCACAGAAACAAACUCAGAUCAACGUGAAUCUUGAUUUUCUUUGUUUAAAUCUGAAUUUCCUGAACUCAAAAUCGUGUAGCUUUAGACGUUUGUGUUUUAUUUAUUUGAGGGUUUUUGUCCUUCAGGGACUCGGUUCUGACCCGGAAACAUUUUAAAGGUCUAAAAAGGAAAAAUUCAGGAUUUGAUUCUUUAUCGAUGUUUGUCUCUGAUCCUUUACGGCGCCUUCAUCGGAAAAAUGUCUGUUUUCUUUUAGGUUUGACAAAAUCACGUCUUUUUAUCUUUAAAUGAAUCCAGUAUUUGUCGAAGUUCAUCUUCAGUUUUUAACUUCUUUAACUCUUUCAUGAUCCUGUUUUUGUCGGAUUAUUAUCGCUGCAUGAGUUCGUCUUUCUCCGAAUUCCUGUUUUUCUUUUGUUGCACGUCGGCACCUUCAGACGGAGUUUCAGCGCUCUCUCGUUACGUUUGUUUUUACAGAUUGUACAAAUAAAAAAAAAAGACGUUUUUCUAAAGAGACUGAAUAAAAAGGAGUUUUUGUAAGUGGAAAAUGACGCUGACUGUCGCCGCUCCAGACAAUAAACACAUCCUCCUCCUCCUCCUCUCUCGUCUGUUUUUGAAGCUGAUAUCACAGAUGCAUGAUGGGAAAGGUUCAGCUGUCUUUAAAUUAACUUUAUCUCUUCAGAAACUCAGCAGGUGAAACGACAGUGACAGUCUGUCCUCUGGCCAGCAGGGGGCAGCCUCGGCUCAUCCUGGAUCCUUCAGAAUAAAGCGCCUGAUGGGAGAAUAUUGACGUGAAUUCAGAGACGAGAGUCUCGGCUCCCUGAUGAAUCUCUCAGAUUAAAAUCCCUGCAGGCGACUCCACAGUAUAAUUUCUAAUUACUGUGAUGAUCCUGAUGAUGAUGAUGAUGAUGAUGAUGAUGAUUAUUAUUAUUACAGACGCUCCAGGGGAGGAAUCCUCAUGGGGCUCAUGUGAAGCUGUCACAUGGAGCUCAGAGAGAGAGUUUGUUUACAACACAACAGUUUAAUGUUAAAAAAGGGAAACACACAAACUACGGAGGCCCUGAGAGGACAAACCCUGACCCACUGAAAAACUAAACCUGGAUCAGCGCCUCCUGACCGGCUCAGAUUGUGGGACUGGACUCAGGUAAACUUUCCCAGGCUCACCUGAUUUUUGUUUUCAGAAGAUCUGUCCCGACCCGAGAGUCCGGAUCCGAGCGGGUUUAUCGCUCAGCUGGCUGCGGACUUCAGGGGUGAAGGUGGAGAACCUCGGGCUCUCAGGGAUUAGAGGAGAUCCACAGGGUUCACGCCUUCCCUCUGCCCCGGACUCGGUGGAUCCGGCUUUGUUCUGCCUCCUCUGAGUCUGGGAUCAGUGAGUCAUGCAGCAGCAGCAGCAGCUUUUCAGGAUUCAGCCUGAGAGAGAGAGAGAGAGAGAGAGAGAGAGAGAGAGAGAGAGAGAGAGAGAGAGAGAGAGAGAGAGAGAGAGAGAGAGAGAGAGAGAGAGAGAGAGAGAGAGAGAGGUUCAAAGUGAACGAGAAGAAGAAGAAGAGGUGUGAGUGUUGGAGGUGAAUCAAAUAAAGACUCUCUGAUACACACACACACACACACACACGGAGGAUGUUCUGUGUUACACACACUUAUUAAGGUUCAGAUCCUCCACGUCAAACUAAACCCGGGUUUUCAGGUCCGGGUUGAGGCAGACCCCCUUUGGCUCUUCCAUGAAUCCUGCCUCAGGUUCUACCUCCUAAAACCAGGAGACGUGUUUUGAUAAAAGGGGCUCCCUCUGCUGCUAAUGCUAAUGCUAACUGAGGUUUUCGUGGAGAUGUCUGCUCUGCUGAAAUGAGUCAAUAAUAACUCUUUAAACAAACAAACAAACAAACAAACAGACAGACAGACUGACUCUUCUAAAGUUUGCUGUCUCUCAUGGCUGCCCUUAGCAAAAAGUAGUCGACUUAGAGUUAAUUUUUUUAAGUACGCUUGAGUUUAUCAAGUAUACUACCGACCAUGUUCUUUUAGUGUACGACAACGUAUACGAAUUUAAUACUUCUUCAGACCAAACUGGAACAUUUUUUGUUUAUAAAAGUUUACUUUAAAGGGAUAUUCCGGCAUAAAAUUAAUUUAGAGUCAAACCCACCGUAACACUGAGUUAGACCCCCCCUCCAGAGAUGAAUGUUGUCGACAUUUAGGAAGAACAUUUAUGAUCAUUUCUUCAUCAUUUCCUUGAAGUAAUAAUCACCAUAUUGAUCAUUUUACAGACGCUGUAGUUCUUCUGUCUCAGCGUCUCGGUCUGAUUGUAUUUCCAUGAAGAAAUGAUCAUAAAUGUUCUUCCUUGAGCUGCGGCACCCCGCUGUAGUCCGUAAUGGACUGGCCUGAGGUCUCUCUACAAACAAGCGUCUGCUGGAAGAGAGUAGGUGAGUUGUGUUUAGUCUCUUUGCUAAAGAAAUGAGUCAAAGUUAAAAAGAUGUUUGGUGUCUAGUACUAUGUCUGUGACCCUAUAUGUCCUGUUGAUGAAGUUAGGUGCUGUUCUGAGCAUUAUUUGUGGCUAUAGAGUGGCGUUUUGGUUGGGGGCGUGGCUCUCUGUAUUACUAUCCUGCGGUCGUUACUAAAGUUGGUAUAACUAGAGAAGCAAGCGGUCGACAACAUUCAUCUCUGGAGGGGGGGUCUAACUCGGUGUUGCGGUGGGUUUGACCCUAAAUUAAUUUUAUGCCGGAAUAUCCCUUUAGAGUAAACUUUUAUAAAUUAAAAAUGUUCCAAUUAAGUCUGAAGAAGUAUUAAAUUUGUAAACUUUGUCGUACACUAAAAGAACAUGGUCGGUAGUAUACUUGAUAUACUUACACUAAAGCGUACGUAAUAAAGUGAACUUUAUGUAGACUACUUUUUGCUAAUGUUAAUGAUCGGAUCUGAAACUGUUGAUAAUCGGAUCUGAUUGGUCUCUCAUAGUCUGACCUCAGCAUUAGAAAAGCAGAGUGACGUUUUUGUCUUCACUAACAGAAGAAAUGAAGAAAUAAUCAUCCGUGUUUGUUUUUUCAGAUUUAACUCUCCUUUUUUUUAAGCCUCAGGUGAAUCCGUCACAGCGUGGCGUGGGUUAAAUCCACUUUCAGAGAGGUAGUUUGUCGUAGGAAUAACAGCAUGAAUGAAGGGAUGCAGACUCUUCCUCUCCGUCUUCAUUCCCACCUGCAGCUCGCCGCCCUGAGGGAAACGCAAACAUGAUAUGAGACAUGUCAGCCGCCGGCACUCUGUUCAUUUGUUAAUUACCCUAGAAGACCUUCCACAAAUUGCCUGUUGUUGCCACCAGUGCUGCGGGUCCCUCAUGGGGGGGGACGGAGCGCGGCUUGUUGUAAAACACAGAAUCUGAGUAAAGCUUCUUAUCAGCCGGCCCACACCUGAGCGGCUCAGUCCGGUUCUUUAAUUGGUUCAGGAGAGUCACGCCGGCUCCGUUUAGCGGAGGACUCGGCGUGUUGAUACUGCUGAGAGGUUCAGGUUGUCAAUAAGUGGGUUCGGCUUUAAACUGCUGCAGGUUCGAUUUGGAGGUCAAAGUCAUAAAGGAGCGAGCUGUCAGGCAGGAGGGGAUUAAGAUAAUACUUCAUGUCUGUAAUGUCCUGAAUAUUAUCUCUGCACAGGGAACGAGAUGAUGCUCAUAAAUAAGGAGGAGGAGGAGCUGUGAGGAAACGAUAUUAAAAAAUAUCAAUAAAUUAAUUAAUACAGUUUUAAUUCAAGUCAAAAUACUUCAUAUUUGCAAAGCUGAAUGCACAUGAUGAACAUGACAAACAAACUCUGUGAAACAAACAUGAUCUCUCCUGGUUCAUUACAACCCCGAUAGAGAGAGUCUGAGUUUCACUGUGAAAGUUAAAGUCAGACUAAAAUCUCAAACUGAUAAUCAGAGCCGAGCUCUGAGGAACCUAAAAAUACAAGACUCCACAUUUUCAAACCCUGUCCCUGUUUGUCUGUGUCUAGUGAGUCUCAGUUUCACUGUAAAUGUUUAUUACACAGAGGUUUCACUCUGGCUCACCACCACAUCCAGAACAGCGGCGAUUUUCACUGUACGCCAAUUCCUACCAGAUCCGUUUGUGAGGCGGAUUACAGACAGCAGAAAUCACAAGAAUUCACGUUCAAUCUCACGAUAACGAGUCGUCUCUCUAAAGACAGACACAUAGACAUAUAAGCAGUAGAUUGUGUCCUUCCAGAGGAGGAAAUCUACUUCUAGACUUCUAGAAUCAGCAUCUCCUCAUCCAUGGUGUCAUCGGGGUGAAAUGACGUCUAAAAACCUUUCACUUGUUCGUCUCCGCCCGUUUGCAUGGUGUGAAAUACGAUCCUCCUGAAACACGGAGUGUUUUAUUUUGAAAAGAAGCCGGAUGUUUUAUUUUGUGUCUGUGCCCGACUUCCUUUCCAGCACCUGAAAAAAAGGAGCCAAAAUUUGCUUCAAUCUAAGAUACAAUAUUUAAAGUUCCAUUGGAAACUGUGUUUGUGGUGAGUCUCAGUUUCACAGUAAAUAGUAAAUAACACAGAAGCUUCUUCUUGGCUGACUGCUCAGUAAUAAAAAGCCUUUCCUGUUUCUGCUGAGUCAUUGUUUAUCUCUACACAUAAAGGCUUCACUGUGGUUUGUUUCUCAUGUAUUUCCAGUAGGUCUCAGUUUCAUUGUAAAUACAGAAGAGGAGGAGUAUUCUUCAUCACAUCUACAGAAAAACAAACAAACAUUAUUUCAUGAGAGAACUUCUCACCUGUCUCUGGUGGGUCUCAGUUUCACAGUAAGUAGGCCUCACACCUGCCAGUAUAUGAUUGGUCAGUAUAAUGAUGAGCUCCGCCCACAGAUGUCCAUUUGUCGUGUAGAAUCUGUCAAUCAAAAAACAAAUAAACACAAACUCAUUAAAAUGAAUCCAAACAGAUGAAACCUGACAGCAGGAGAAACGAUAAUAAAAUCAAUAAGAAGGAUUUACUCAGACCUGCUGGUCUCAGCGCCGGUCCGGUCCGGUCCGAUCCGGUCCGUUCUCUGGGUCGUGGGUCUUAAAUAUUCUUUUCAGCUUCUAACAAAAUCUUACAAAGUGCUGCGUCUCAUCAAACCGCACUUUUAUCUGAGCUUCCUCCUCGGCCUCCUGCUUUAGCCCUCUUCUUCAUUCCUCUUCAUCCUCUGAAGGACUCAGCCGAGAGGCCCGGGGCUAAACACACACACACACACACACACACACACACACACACACACACACACACACACACACACACACACACUCGUCAGAUGAUGGUGGAUAUCAGAAUCCAUAAUGAAGACGAAGGAUGCCUCCCAGGGGACGCGCCGGUUCAGGAGUCGCUGACCUGCAUCUCUAAGCAGACGCUCCCUCGCUCCCUCGCUCCCUCGCUUCCUCACUCUCUCACUCUCUCACUUGCUCGCUCGGCCCGCGGAGAAAUCUCUCUUCAUGGAUCUGUGAUCUCUGAGGGGCUGACGGAACCCCUGGGGGUUUCCAGGCCUCAGAAAAACAGAGAUGAAUCAGAGAGGAUCCACCAGUUUAGGAUUUUGUGAUCAGCUGAUGAAGGAAGUUAUUCUCUCAAAUCUGUUUACAGCAAAUAUUCACGUUUUUAAUUCAAUCUAAGGAGAGAGAGAGAGUUUCUGAGAGUUUCCUGUGAACGUCAGGUGUAACAUUUCCUCAGAGCUCGUUUAUGAGGAGCCUCCAGUAUAUAUUUCAUUAUAAAGCUGAGGAAUGUGUUUCAUUAUCUCCCUGCGAUAUAAUAUUAAGGCUUACAACUUAUGAGGGAUGUGUGCGGAGACUUUAUGUAAUUAGAAACGAUUUAUUCCCGGCGAGCGUGCGCUGAUAUAAAUCUGUGAACCUUAACUCAACAUGGCUGGUAAUACCGCCACUUUAAUGUUAUUACUCCGGGCUUUAAAGUCCAAUAAAGAACUAUUUCUUCCUCUUUCAUUUGCUUUAUCUAAGCAGACGGUGACAUCCAGAGAUAAUGAACUUUAAUUUCUGUCACAGCCGGGAAUGAAAAGACAGAAAAGGGAAAAAAAACUUUAUCAGGGAACUUUUUAAAUAUUUUAUUUUUCUACAUAACUUUUAAAUUAUUCUCAAAAAGCUCAUCAGCUGUUAUCUCGCUCAGCCAAUAUUUCGUUUUCAUUGACGAAGCAGAAUGUGCCGGAGAGAAUCGGAGGAGUUCACAGGAUGAAGCCGAUCGCAGAAACACGCAGAGGCUCAGAAACCAGAGAGACAAAGCCGCCGUUUCCUCUGUAUGAUACUCAACGCUACGUCACGUUAAAGUGCUGACGUCGUUUUUUAACUCCGCUGUGGAAGACUUGAUCAGUUCGCCCACUUUACAGUGACCUCUGACCCCAGUCUUCCUGACCUUUAACUCCUCUCAUUUACGACUUUAAGGCUACGUUCACACUGCAGGUUCUGAUGCACAAAAAAGAUUUUUUGUUAAAUCCGAUCUUUUUUAUACGUUGAGUUACUUUUUUCAUGAUCUAUUUUAGUCCGUUUUUCUCCACUGAAACUAACGAACUAAUUAUCAAAUCAUUUUGUUUUAUGUUAAUAAAAAUAUUUGUAGGAAUGAAUUACGUGUAAAGUCAAAGUUAAAAUGAGGAUCCUGACAGGUGACGACGAUAAUGCUAAUGAAGCGAAUUCACGACACGGUUAAAGCCCCGCUUACUUUGGUGCAGCGUGACAGCCAAUCAGCUUCGAGAUACCCAAAGACGGGUGUCUCCAGGUUCAAAGGACAAACUCAUUAUGGCGGUGUGCGGCUACCCCGAGCUUUACGAUAAAUCGUAAAAGGAACAAGAAUGAGGAAGUCGGAUUAUCUGGUAAAUUCUGAAAUUACAACAAAUUCUCGCAGCAUCGUCGACCUUUUAUGGGCGUGCUGUCGAUGCGAUGUGACGCACAAAUAAUGAGUUAUUUAAGUAAGUAAACACAAAUCAUUCAGGUAUUCAAAUAGCUGUUGGACGUGAAUAAACACCGUUGAAAAGGCAGCGUCUGAUUGGUCGAGCUGCCACAGUUUGUCUCUUAGACUGACCCACUCUGCUGCUCUCGGGGAAAACCAGCCGAUCUUUGACUGAAGUAGAAACAGAAACAGAAAACCGUCUCCUGAAGACGAAAACUAAACUGUUUAACAAACUUCUGAACAUCCUGAAGAGAAAAUACAAUUAAAAACUUGGAAAGUUCAGAACAAACCCACUCCGAACUUUGUGAAGCCACAGGAAAACUUGGGGAUAAUUUAUAGUUUUAAUCUCACCGUCGAGGCCCGGGUAAUUUCCGUCUCCUCUUAAUCCUGCUGAGCCGCUCUUAUAAUGAGCUCUGAUGAGGAAAUCCUCUCUGAAAAGUGGCUGAUGGUUUGUUAAACUGCUUUUGUUUUAAAGGUUUUCUUAAGCGGUAAGCAAUUGUUGUGAUCAUUAGGAGGGUAAUGACACGGCAACAUAAUAAACGGAGGAGAUCCAGACGAAGAAAACAGCAAAGUCCAGAGAGUGAACCCAAUCCUGGUUCUUAAACUCGCCCCGACUCCGACCUAAUGAGCCACGCCAACCAACGUCAACGUCAACUUUUUACAGACAUUAAAAAACUUUUGGGGGCGGUGCCAAAGUUAGUACUCUGGUCCUGGUACGGGCCUUUCCACGAUGUGUCGCACGCUCUUUAACAACGCGCUCCCUGAGGAGGAGCAGACGCUUCUCCAAGUCCUCCGAUAAACCACGAUACUUGUAUUUGGCCGACCAAUCCCUUCACCAAAGGAGAACAAGCUCGGUCCGUGAAGCCGGUUGUAAGUCGGACUCGUUUCCAGUGAGAGUUGGACUCCUCCAGGACUGCCCUUUGUCUCCGGUUCUGUUCAGAACCUUUAUGGACAGAAUUUCUAGGCGCAGCCGGGGGGUGGAGGGUGUCCAGUUCUGCAGGCAGAGGAUCCCGUCGCUGCUUUUUGCAGAUGAUGUGGUUCUUCUAGCUUCGUCGAGCAGUGACCUUCAGCUCUUGUUGGGGUGGUUCACGGCCAACUGUGAAGCGGCUGGGAUGUGAAUCAGAACCUCCAAGUCCGAGGUCAUGGUCCUCAUGUUUGCCUUCUCCAGGUCGGAGGGGCGGUCCUGCCUCAAGUGGAGGAGUUCAAGUAUCUCGGGAUCUUGUUCACGAGUGAGGGCAGGAUGGAGCUGGAGAUCGACAGUCGGAUCGGAGCGGCGUCAGCAGUGAUGCGGACGUUUAACCGAUCAGUCGUGGUGAAGAAAGAGCUGAGCCGUAAGGAGAGACUCUGGAUUUACCGGUCGAUCUACGUGCCGAUCCUCACCUAUGGUCAUGAACUUUGGGUAAUGACCGAAAGAACAAGAUCGCAGAUACAAGCGGCUGAAAUGGGUUUCCUCCUCAGGGUGUCCGGGCUCAGCCUUAGAGAUAGGGUAAGGAGCUCGGACACUCGGGAGGCGCUCAGAGGAGAACCGCUGCUCCUCCACGUCCAGAGGAGUCAGCUGAGGUGGCAUCUUGUUAGGACGCCUUCUGGACGCCUCCUGUUAGAGGUGUUCCAGACGUGUCCCACCAGGAGGAGACCUCGUGGCCGGCCCAGGACCAGGUGGAGGGAUUAUCUCUCUUGCCUGGACUGGGAGCGCCUGGGAAUCCCACCGGAGGAGGAGCUGAAGGAAGUGUCUGGGUUGAGGGCCGUCUGGGCUUCCCUCCUGAAGCUGCUGCCCCCGCGGUUGUUUGGUCUUUUUCCAUCCCUCUUUUUUUUCUGGUGUUUUUCCACUUUUACAUUUUUGGAGACUGCAGACUGAAGGUCGGACAGACGACCGUGUUUUUGAUUGAAGUGUCAUCGUUCAUGUUUUCUGAGCGUCUCUCUCUGGACUUCUUUUUCAGGACUGUGUUUCUUCAGACUUCAGAGUCAGACGAGCAUUAAGCGGUUUCUGUUUCUCCGCAGGGCUCCGGGGGGCGAGGGUUAAUUUCUACAUCUCUCCUCCACCUAUCAGCCAAGCGCUGUUUAACAUCUAUAACAGCGCGGGAUGAGGCGCCGUCGCUCACAGGGCUUCGGGGCGCAGACACUCACAGGGUAAGUGAAGGCCCAAAGCGCAGCGCUGACCCUGCACGCCGCUUCGAUUAGCAUAAUUGCAUUUCAAACUGGUCAAGAACGCCGCGAGAGAGGCGCAAUCAAACAGUCAAAUGAGCCAUGAAGGCUUUAAAGACGGCGCCCAGAUUACAUUAGGAAUCGAGGAAAACUGGUGCGGGGCGGCGUGCCGGCAAACUGUUGUAAAAUGCAUGACCACAUGACAUUGAUAUGGGGAUAGGUUUUACAUCCAUGUGAUUGGUUUGAUUCAUUCCCCCGAUGAAUCUCAAUGACGGAUCAUCUGCGAGGCUUCGGCGGUAUCUGCAGGCUAAUGCGGCGCCGUGAAGGCUGUCAGUUUAAUGUCGCUCUGAGGGAGAUGGAUCCGCAGUAAAACGGAGAUUUCAGCAGUAAAAUCAAAGGGAGAUGGAUCGCCCUUGAGGAUGGACCUCCAAUAGAUACGAGGUUCAAAUAUGUUCCCAUUAACUCUGCGUUUAAUUCUCCUGCAAGAUUCAUGUUUGAAUUACAGAGCGGCGCCAUAACGGGGCAGACGCACAGAGAGACCACGACAACACGGAGGAGUUACUGCGGGAGUUUACUGGGAAACAUUUACAGAGACGGUGAGGAAUGCAUCCAGGGGGCGCUCUUUCCAUGUUCUCGUCACCAAACGGGUCUAGAUCAGUGGUUCUCACCUGGUCUCAGUCUGGGACCCACAUUUUCCCAUCGUCCUGAAGUCGUGACCAAGAAAAUAUUUUCUAAAAAAACAUUUAAAGACUCAAAUCUUCGAGAUAAAUAUACUUGUUUUUAUUGAGUAAAGUUUAUUUCAGAGAACAUGAACUAUCAAAUAUCAAAUUACACAAAAUAGAGACCAGGAAAAUAAAAAAAUUGACUUUUUUGCAUUCAGAGCAGAUUCAGAAAUAUAAAGACCAAAUAAAACCUGUAAUUCGAGGAGGACCACGACAUAACACCUGCCUUUCAAAAUAAGCUAUUUUUCAAAAUAAAAGACAUGUCAAACAUCAGAUGCACAUCAACUAUUCACUUUUUUGACCAGCUGUAUGCGACCCAUCCAGAACGUGUCCAUGACCCACCUAUGGGUCAGGACCCACCAGUUGUGAACCGCUGAUCUAGAGGGCACAGUUUUUCCUAAUCCUCUGGAAAAGCAUCUAAGUGGACGUUUCUAGACCUGAGGGAGUCAGGGAUCGACCUCCAAGUCCACCUGUGAACAUCUUUAAAGGAAGCAGCAUCCUGAACUUUUUUCCCAUCAUGCUUUGAGGUUCUUCAGUUAUGGACUUUUAGAUAAUUUGAGUUUGUUAAACGACGGAGGACGUACUGGUGUGGUUAAACUGUUCAUCUCAGCGAGGCCAGAUCUCACCACAGUGACGCCGGUAUCCUAGCAGCAGCAGCCGCUGGUGUUUGUUGGCACGGCAACAGAACGGAGGCUUACAGACGGGCUGAUGAGUCUUUGUUGUAAUUCUCUGUAAAUAAGGUAAAUAACAGAUGUAAAGAACUAUAAGAUGAGGAAACACGAGCACAAACGCAAGUUUUCAGGUCGAGUGUGAUAAAAAAGUACGAGGUGGUCAUGGUGGGUGGGGUUACGCCGUUAAAAAUGUACAGCUAUAUGUUCGUACGUAAGAAAGCGCAGAAUGAGGUCCUUAAAAACCGGACCAAGAGAUCCAGGAUCAGCUAGCAUAACAGCGCUGUCCAACAACAGUUACUACAUCAAAUCAGUCUCACUGAAACAGACUUACCUGGGAUUUUCAACAUCUGGAAAUCUACUUCUAGACUUCUAGAAUCAGCAUCUCCUCAUCCAUGGUGUCAUCGGGGUGAAAUGACGUCUAAAAACCUUUCACUUGUUCGUCUCCGCCCGUUUGCAUGGUGUGAAAUCCGCAGAGGAACGUAAAGAAGUCGGUGUAAAUUGACACGUUAACUUGAAUGGUUACGAUCAGCUACGAUCGGAGGAUAUGACCUUUUAGGAGACGAUCAGGAUGGAGGUGGAGAUCGGGGGUUAGACUCACUCUGCCUUUAUUUUGGCCGUCGAACCAGAACCUUCGACACAGAUUUGUAAGAGACGCAGCUUUUCAUCAAUAAAAAGUUUGACUAUUUGAUGCUGCUACUUUUUCUUUACGGUCAUGAAACGACCCCAAAGUGAUGCCUUUACAAAAUGUUUAGAAAAGAAGAACUUUAUUUAAAUUCACAUCCACUAAUGAGGUUUAACUGAACCAUGAAAACAGGAUCCAGAACCACCAGAGACUUCUCUGGACUUGAGUCCAUUUAAGGUGGACUGAAAACUGUCCUGAGGUCUGAUGGAUCAGAAUCUGACAUUCGAUUAGAAAGGACGAGUGGACUUACUUGAGACGUUUCGCUUAAGGAAACGACGCCUAAAGAUCACAGUGUCUCCAACGUCCUGCAUUACAGACAGCAGCUUCUUUUGGCGAAACGUCCAGUUGUCCAGCUGUCCUUUCAACAAAGACCUAGAAAUCAUAAAUGCUGCAUCCUCAGAAACAUCUCAAGUAAAUCCAGUUGUCCUUUCAACGAAGAACUAAAAAGCAUAGAUGCCCUAACCUAUUACACUUAGUCUUUAUUUUGGCCGUUUAAACAGAAUCUUCAACAAAGAUUUAAAAGAAAAGCAGCUUUUCGCCAGUAAAAAGUUUGACUAUUUGAUGGUGCUACUUUUUACACAGCCUUUACGGUCAUGAAACGACCUCAAAGUGAUGCUCUUACAAAAUGUAAAAGAAGAAGAACUUAAGUAGGCUUUACAAAAUAUUUUUGGUAAUUUUAGCUUCGAACUUUGUCGACCACUUCAGCAGGAUAAAUCCAGUUUUUUGCUUUUUUGUUGAAGGUAGCGCCACCUUCUGACGGUUUAAAACAGUAAAUGUAGAUUCUGCCUCCUUUAGUGGGACUUUUCUGUAAAAUUCUGAAAUUAGAAGAUCUAACAUGAGCCUCAAAAGACCGACUCGGCGGGCUCAGGCAUUCACGUCACUUGGAUGAAUUAAUUACGCAGAUGUGAGCGCUCUGCUGAGGGUUGAGUACACCUGCAUUUAGUCCCACUCCAUCCUCCAGAGUCCCAUUAUGCCGUGACACAGCUGUUAGCAUCGCAGAAUCAGCCGCCACAUCAGAGAGCUUCAUUUGGAUGAAUUUACCACAAGUGCCCCCUCAAUUUGAUUUAUGCUAAUCGGCCACGCUCCUCUUCAAGACGGAGCUGUUCAGCUGUCUGAGAGGCGGGCAGGAAUCAGCUGUUCUCGCUCUGAUUAAGACUUCACAUCACCUGAAUAAUGUGGGAGUGGAAAAGCUCAUUAUUUCACUCAGUAAAAACAGAACAUUCAUGUGAUCUGAGGGAACGAACGGCAGCACUCGGCGCCACCAGGAAAACAAACAAAAGCUCGGGGAAAACCCGGAGAUCCGGGGAAACGGCGGACGCUGUUUUAUCCUGUCACACUUAGAGAUAAAUGAGAGGAGUUCAAAGUUUGUGAAAUAGAGGAGGAGGAGGGCGGUUCAGUCACGACGACUUUAGAGCAAAAGUGAUAUUUGGUGGUUUUAAGGUAAAGCCUGUUUAGAGCCCCAAAAUGUAAAAACUGGUUAAUAAUGUAACAAAUUACUGAGCCCAAAAUAUAACAACUUGAUAUAUUUUGGGUUUUGUUACAUUUUUUAAGUAUCUCUUUUGUUACAUUAUUGACAAAUUAUUACAUUUCUGACUUUAUUUAAUCUAUUUUUAUAACAUUUUUGUACAUUGUUAUGUAUCGAGCUCGAACACGCCUUUUUGUGGUCAGGCAGGUAGAGCAGCAGCAAAGACCCCCAGGACUUGAUCCGUGGUCUUACUAUUAUUAACACAGAACAAAUACUAAUAUAGUUUUCUGACCUGUAUGUUAUUAUAAGCACACUGUAACCUUAAGUUUGAGUCGGCUGUUUUCAUGCUUGUUUUUGUUGUUGAUAAUGAGAGGAGUUACAAAAUUUCAUUAAAUAAAAAAUGAUGAAAUCAAAUUCAAAGACGCAUGAAAUAAAAAUCGAUGUAAAAUAAAAUAAAAAAACUGUUUCGAAGCGGCGCCACGCACCACUGACACUGAUGAUUUUUGACCCUUUUACUCACUGUACACACAUAUUACAAGAAGAAGAAGAAGAAGAAGAAGAAGAACACUGUAGCAACACAAUAGAAGCAGACGCUUGUUUGUAGUGAGACCUCAGGCCAGUCCAUUACAGACUACAGCGGGGUGCCGCAGCUCAAGGAAGAACAUUUAUGAUCAUUUCUUUAUCAUUUCCUUGAAGUAAUAAUCACCAUAUUAAUCAUUUUACAGACGCGGUAGUUCUUCUGUCUUAGCGUCUCGGUCUGAUUGUAUUUCCAUAAAGAAAUGAUCAUAAAUGUUCUUCCUUGAGCUGCAGCACCCCGCUGUAGUCUGUAAUGGACUGACCUGAGGUCUCACUACAAACAAGCGUCUGCUGGAAGAGAGUAGGUGAGCUGUUGGGACCCUAUAUGUCCUGUUGAUGAAGUUAGGUGCUGUUCUGAGCAUUAUUUGUGGCUAUAGAGUGGCGUUUUGGUUGGGGGCGUGGCUCUCUGUAUUUCUAUCCUGCGGUCGUUACUAAAGUUGGUAUAACUAGAGAAGCAAGCGGUCGACAACAUUCAUCUCUGGAGGGGGGGUCUAACUCUGUGUUACGG